UUGGUUCCUCCACUCCAAACCCAAACCACAACCACCACAUUUUGCUUUGAAUCUUUGAUAAUGGAAGCCAAAUGGCUGGUUCUUUUUUCAGUGGCGGCAAUGCUGAUGGCACUGGCCAACUGCCAGGAAUCUGUGAAGCCAUUGGUGAAGAUGGUAAAGGGCAAGAAGCUGUGUGACAAAGGGUGGGAAUGUAAAGGGUGGUCAAAGUAUUGUUGCAACCAUACCAUUUCUGAUUACUUCCAAACUUACCAGUUUGAGGACCUUUUUGCGAAGCGUAACACGCCGGUAGCUCAUGCGGUUGGGUUCUGGGAUUACCAUUCUUUCAUUUCGGCUGCUGCUCAGUAUCAGCCUCAUGGAUUUGGUACCACUGGGGAAAAGCUCCAGAAUAUGAAGGAAGUCGCUGCUUUUCUUGGACAUGUCGGCAGCAAAACUUCAUGUGGCUAUGGAGUCGCUACCGGGGGACCAUUGGCUUGGGGUCUUUGCUACAACAAAGAAAUGAGCCCUAGCAAAAUAUAUUGCGAUGAUUACUACAAAUACACCUAUCCUUGCACACCAGGAGUCUCAUAUCAUGGCCGUGGUGCCUUGCCUAUCUACUGGAACUACAACUAUGGGGAAACUGGAGAGGCUUUGAAGGUGGACUUGUUGAACCACCCAGAAUACUUAGAAGACAACGCAACCUUGGCUUUCCAGACAGCAAUGUGGAGGUGGAUGACGCCGGUGAAGAAACACCAACCCUCAGCCCAUGACGUUUUCGUUGGCAACUGGAAACCAACCAAGAACGACACCUUGGCCAAGAGGGUUCCAGGUUUUGGAACCACCAUGAAUGUUCUUUAUGGUGACCAAGUUUGUGGUCAAGGUGAUAGUGAUUCCAUGAACAAUAUGAUCUCUCAUUACCUUUAUUACCUUGACCUUUUGGGAGUUGGCCGAGAAGAAGCUGGUCCUCAUGAUAUGCUCACCUGUGAAGAACAAGAACCCUUCACUGUUUCUCCUUCAUCCGCAACAUCAUCAUGAAUAAAGGAAACAAACUCUGGUAUAUGCGGAUUUAUUUCAAUUUGCGUGAAUCCCACAAUGGAUUGCUCUUAACAAUUGUGGAGUUUUACAGCAGUUUGUGUUGGUUGUAUAAAUUUUGAGAUUUUCUUUUUCUUGUUUUUACUAUCAAAUUGUAGCUAAUAGUAUGUGAUUGAGUGGUGUAUAUGUCUAUUCCCAAAACAUGAAAUAUAAAAUUGGGGUUUUUUUCCCGAAAAAUAA